UGCUAACCCAAAAGCGAGGGAGUUGGUAAUCCAUCGUUGAAGUCCUUUUCUCUCUCUCUCUUUAGCUCUGUUUCAGCUUCUCCAUUAUUUAAGAAGCAGACAAGUGAGCUAAGCGCAAGUUCAGUGGACAGUGUGAAAAGAACCAGGGCAGUAAUGGGUUCCAGAGCACUGGUUUUCUUCCUCUUCUUUUCGUUUCUGGGUGCUUCUUUCAGGUAUGCUUCUGCAGCGCAUGAUGAGCAAGACAAUGGUCUGGUUAUGAACUUUUACAAGGAUUCAUGUCCCCAAGCUGAGGAUAUCAUCAAGGAACAAGUCCGGCUUCUCUACAAGCGCCACAAGAACACCGCCUUCUCUUGGCUCAGAAACAUCUUCCACGACUGCGCUGUUCAAUCCUGUGAUGCAUCUCUGCUGCUGGAUUCCACCAGAAGGAGCCUGUCCGAGAAGGAGACAGACAGGAGCUUUGGACUUAGGAACUUUAGGUAUAUUGAGACCAUUAAAGAGGCUUUGGAGAGGGAGUGCCCUGGAGUUGUGUCCUGUGCGGACAUCCUUGUCUUGUCCGCUAGAGAUGGCAUUGUUUCUCUUGGAGGGCCUUAUAUCCCACUUAAGACAGGCAGGAGAGAUGGAAGGAGAAGCAGAGCUGAUAUUUUGGAAGAGUAUCUUCCAGAUCAUAAUGAAAGCAUGUCUGUUGUUCUUGAAAGAUUUGCAGCCAUGGGCAUUGACACCCCUGGAGUGGUUGCUUUACUAGGAGCUCAUAGCGUUGGGAGAACACACUGUGUGAAGCUGGUGCACCGGCUGUACCCGCAGGUAGACCCUGCGCUGAACCCAGGGCAUGUGGAGCACAUGUUGUACAAGUGUCCUGAUGAGAUCCCAGACCCCAAGGCUGUGCAAUACGUGAGGAACGACCGUGGCACACCCAUGAUUCUGGACAACAACUACUACAGAAAUAUUCUGGACAACAAAGGGUUGCUGAUAGUGGACCACCAGCUAGCCACAGACAAGAGAACGAAGCCAUAUGUGAAGAAAAUGGCCAAAAAGCAAGACUAUUUCUUCAAGGAAUUCUCAAGAGCCAUUACCAUCCUUUCUGAGAACAAUCCUCUCACUGGCACAAAGGGUGAGAUCAGGAAGCAGUGCAAUGUUGCCAACAAGCUGCACUGAACCAAGCUCGGUCUCGAUCCAUGCCUCUCGCUCCGGGAGCGAGUUUUGGCUGAAUAAUUAAGAUUGUGGUUUAUCCAUCUGCUGCUUCUGUUUGCUGUUUAGGAUUAUGCUAAGUUGUGCUUGUUGUAAGCUUUGUGUUGGAGAAGGGGAAUGUAUGAAUGUAUGGAUGGAAGUUGUAUGUAUAUAUGUAUGCAUGGAUGGAUGGUGGAGAGAUGGUGUAUGGUGUAUGAUGAUGCAUUGACCAUAUUGAUCCUGGUUAUUCAGGAUCCAUGGCAAUGUGCUUGAAUUAUCUUCUUGUAGUAAUAAAACAAAGAGUGGUUACUUGGUCAAUA